AUGACGGGAAAAGAUUUUACGCUUACUAUAUCAGAUACAGCAGCAACAAGAUCUAUCAUUGUUUUUAAGAAUGAUGAAGACAAGUCUCUAGAACUUAAUAAACAUGUAUUGAUGUUGUAUUCAGGUAGUCCAGGGGAUACCUUACAUUUUGCCGAAUAUAUUCAAAGAAAUGUUAAACUUUAUGAGAUUAAAAAUGGAAUUGAGUUGACACCUAAGGCAACGGCUACUUUUACUAGAAGAGAAAUGGCUAACAGUGUGAGAAGUCGAAAACCUUAUAACGUCAACCUCCUUAUUGCGGGAUAUGAUGUAACAACGUCUUUACCACACCUUUACUGGAUCGAUCAUCUUGGUACCAAUGCUACCAUGCCAUAUGCUGCUCAUGGAUACGGUGCUUUUUACACUUUGAGUAUCUUGGAUAAAUAUCAUCGUCCAGAUAUUUCCCUGGAUGAAGCUAAAGCAAUCGCUAAAAAGUGUAUAGAAGAAUUAAAGACUAGAUUUUUCACGAAUCUUACCGGUUUUAAGGUUAAAGUUAGUGAUAAGGAUGGAAUUCGUGAAAUCGAAAUUUAA